CGAGACUAACAGUUUUAUAUUUGGUACUGUGAAUUCAGAAAUGGCCAGAGAUUCUGUGCUGGACUUAUUGUAUUGUUAUUAUUUGCUGCGCGUACUCUCGGGUUGCUACAACUAAUGCAGGAAAUGGUGCUGACAAUGUCGAAGACUGUCACAGGCUAGACGGGAAUAGCUCAGCUUUCAUCUCCCUCUUCUUGAAUAUAUCAAAGGGUGUAAUUAACAUCGCAGAGACACCCGUUUAUAUAACUUCGUACUCGAUGACUGCAGACUGGCAUGCUCCAAUUCCAAUUGACGACUUUGUUGCAUUGAACACCCAACAGGUUAAGGCAGCGGUGCCGGAAAUAUGUCCCAAACCUGAGACAAUUGGUGGCAUUGAAGUGGCAUGCGGCCCUAUUCUAAGACUUUGUGGCACCUUGGAAAAUGGCACCGAUUCCUAUAGGGCAUCCGUGUUGUUGGUGACGCAAGGUGGAAAACCAAGUAUAACCUACCAGAUCGGCGCUGCUUCAGCAGAUGUCGAGGCUGAGAAUGUCCAAGAUGGCGAGUUUCCGGGAAUGCCCUUCUACGAGACCAAGGGAGGCCUCGAAUUCUGGCGAUUCAAUGUGAAUUUGACCCUUGCCGCGUAUGAGCAAAGGGUGCGGUAUUCGGUCAAUGGUGUUUCCAAGGAAGCGUAUCAAUUCUUCAUUCCUGCUGUGGACGAAUCAAUGAAUGUGAUGUCAUUCUCGUGCAACGGUUUUUCGUUGGCCACAGAUACGUCUUCUUUCAAACUGUCCCUUUGGCUUGACGUAUUGCGCAAGCACUCCACUACCCAACACUACCAUGUCAUGUUAGGCGGUGGAGACCAAAUCUACAAUGAUAGCAUUAAGAUGCACUGUCAAACGUUGGAUCCAUGGCUCAAUUUGCACACUGCCCACCUGAAAAGAGACGUGAGAGCCACUCCAGAAAUGCUCGAAGAUUUCGAAAGUUUCUAUUUAAAAUCUUACCUAGAGUGGUUUGGACAUGGUUACUGGAGAGGCAAGAUAGGCGGAACUUUGCAAAGCAUGUUUCCCUUGACCAUGGCGCAGAUCCCAAGUGUGAACAUUUACGAUGAUCAUGACAUCAUCGAUGGGUUUGGCUCAUACAAAGAUAGAACCAUGGCCCUGGAUGUGUUUUCGUCCAUUGGAAACGUUGCGUACAAGUACUACAUGCUAUUUCAACACCACAUGGCCCCAGACAGUCCCGAACACAUCGACGACCCAUCCUGGAUUCUUUCGAAGAAAGACGGCAUGUUCAUCAAGCAAAAGAGUCAUUCCUGCUUUAUGCGCUUGGGGCGAGAGAUAUCUUUGUUAGGAGUGGACUGUCGUACUGAGCGACGUCUCACAGAGAUUGUAUCUCCCAGUACAUAUGACAUUAUUUUUCUGCGGAUUCAAGCCGAGAUUGAGAAGAGUCCUGAGACCAAACACCUAUUAGUCAUGUUGGGCGUCCCGAUUUUGUAUCCCAGGCUCGUUUGGCUUGAGAAGAUGCUCACAUCUAGAUUACUUAAGCCCAUCAGGGGCUUGGCAACUAGAGGCGUCAUGGCACAAGGUCUCGUUAAUGAGUUCGAUGGGUCUGUCGAGGUUUUGGAUGACCUAAAUGAUCACUGGUGCUCCCACAAUCACAAGGCGGAAAGAAACAAAUUGAUCAAACUGUUGACCGAGUUUGGUGCCAAAAAUGGCGUGCGGGUCACUAUUCUAUCUGGCGACGUCCAUUUGUGUUGUUUCGGGCGUAUGAAAACAAAGAUUCAUCAUCACCCCCAUGCCCACGUGUUAUCUUCGGAAGAUAAGGAGGCACAUAAUCGUGAUGUCACAAAAAAUCCCCAGCAUGACCCGAGAUUGAUCUUCAAUGUGAUUUCCUCUGCUAUCAUCAAUGCCCCACCCCCUGACGCGAUGGCUUCUUUACUCAACAAAACAUCGAAGGUUCAUCACUAUGACAAGUAUACUGACGAAGAUGUCAUUCCGCUUUUCACGUCAAAUCCUGAUGGCUCCGAGCGGGAAAACCACCAGUUUUUGAACAAGAGAAAUUGGAGCGACUUGGUGAUGGUAAAACAAUCACCCUUGUACAAGGGCAAGACUGGCGAGUCCAAAUUCCCUAGCCCAUUGUUCGAAAAGGAUAUCAGUGCCAUGGCACAAAAACCUAUCGACGAUAGAUACAUUAAGUACCCAAUCUUCAAUGAAUCAUUGGUUGCGACUUUGCAUGUUGAGGCUGAUGGGAAUGACCCCGAGGCGUCUACAGCAUCAUACGAGGUGAUGAUUCCUGAUUUACACGGUAAGUUUGAAUUGGAGUCGACGUCUAUCAAGCACGUUCAUUAGUCUGCUUCUUUUGGGGAGUGAAGUAUUACAGCGGUCGCUUUGGUGUUAUGUGACCAAUCGCGAGGUUUCUCUUUCGCUUAUAGACUUUUAGACAUGGGGAACAACUUACCCUGGAUAAUACAAAUUGGCCACCAUUAUCCGGCUAAUUACACAUACUUCAAACUCUAAACUUUUCAUUAUUAUAUACUGCAUCAUCAUCGAAUUUUGUAAGCAUUUCAAUUUUUGAAUAUAUGCCAAGCGUGGAG